AUGCGGAUCGAGCCUGAGGUUAAGGUCACGGAGGCGAUUAGAGAGCCUUGCUUCCAGUUAUGCAUUGAGCAUUGUUCCGGUGUCGUUCCUCCCAUGCUAACCUCCGUUCCCCCUGUUGUCAGAUCCCCUGAAGAUGUCACCCGUCGCCUCGAUACCCUGAUCUCAUCGAUCAGGGACAAAUACCAGCAUCCCACCAUCAAGAACGCGGGUGAGCCCAAGGGCGAUGUCCUUGUCGUCGCGCAAGGCCAUAUUCUGCGUGCUUUUGCCAUGUGCUGGACUGGAAAGCCGUUGACGGAUACAUCACUGAUUCUCGAGGCUGGCGGUGUAGGCACACUCAGUUAUGAACACCAUAACAUCGACGAGCCAGCGAUAAUUCUCGGUGGUCGAUCCGUGGAGUAA